AGGCUCCGGGCGUCAUGUACUACAAGUUUAGUGGCUUCACGCAAAAGUUGACGGGAGCAUGGGCUUCAGAUGCCUAUUUCCCACAGGGAUUAAAGCCUGUGGUUUCCACAGAGGCACCACCUAUCAUAUUUGCUACUCCAACUAAAUUGACCUCCAACUCUCCCGCAUAUGAUUAUGCUGGGAAAAACAAAGUUCCAGAGUUGCAGAAGUUUUUCCAGAAAUCUGAUGGUGUACCCAUCCACCUGAAACGAGGCCUGCCUAACCAAACGCUUUACCUGACCACCAUGGCGCUGACUGUGGGAGGGACCAUCUACUGCCUUAUGGCCCUCUACAUGGCUUCACAGCCCAAAAGCAGAUGACUUAGACUCUACCCCGGGCCCCUUCUCUCCCUUCCAUUUCUCCUUCAGUCAACCCUGUAGUAUGGGAUACAUCCUACCCUGUAAUCGCCAUCCACCAUGCUCCUAUUUGCAUCUCCCUAAAGGAUUCCAUAAAAGCUAUUAUUGUUCUCCAGUAUCUUUUAACUCCAGAGGCCAUAGAGGCAUAAGACGAUUAUAAACCACCUCCUUCAAGGUCGCAUCCUUGUUCCUACCCACUCACCUC